CGACAGAAGGCGACAACUCCACAACUCGACUGACUGCUCCCCUGAGUCUAGCAAGAUGCGAAGUGUGCUCUCACUGACCCUGCUGCUGCUCCUGGCCCUCACGGUCACCACUGAGGCCAGCAAAAGACAAAAAAACCACAAAGGCAGUAGACAGGAGAAAGCUAAGACAGCUUCAGAGUGCACCAGCGCAGAAACCCACUAUGGGAAGUGUGUGCCGGAGUCUGGAGACUGCGGUGAUGGUCUGAGGGAGGCAACCUGCAAGGAUCGCACUGAGAAGAUCAGCUGCAGGAUCCCCUGCAACUGGAAGAAGGACAUCAGUGACUGUAAAUACAAGUUUGGCCACUGGGGGGAGUGCGACGCUGCCACCAACACCAAGAGUCGAUCAGGAACCCUGAAGCGAGCCAUGUUCAAUGCUGAGUGUCAAACCACCGUCAAGGUGUCCAAACCCUGCUCCCCCAAAGUCAAGAAAACAAGAGUAGGGGAGAAGAAGUCAAACUAGAGGAUGAAAAAGAGAUGCAGAAGAUGGCAGAUUUCACCUGUCAUCCUCCAACAGAACAAUCGUCUUUCCUCCUCCGUCAAACACACAGCCGAGAGACUCCUCCAAAACGCAUCAACAACCUUUGACUUUCUUGGCUUCCUUUGACUUUUUUUUCUUUUCUUGUAUUGUCAGUUCCGAUUUGACGUUUUUUUUGUGUUUAUUUGGAUAAAGUAUGGAAGGCUUUUCCAGUGUCCUCUCCCCCCUAGGAAAUAAUGAAUAAUUCUGUCCUCAUAGCUGAUAGUUUGUUUUAACAGUAAAUUUCAGAUAGUCCUAAAGCGUUUACGUUAGCUGAAAAGAAUAACUUAACAUCCAAGCAAUGCUCUGAUCCAGUCUGUGUAACCCCUCCUCGGUGAUCCAAGAUGUCCUGUUCCACAUUCAGCAAGUCAUAUUUUUACAAGAUUUCAGAAACAUGGACUUCAAAAAUGUGGAAGUUCAAACAAAAGCUUGGAUGGAUCUGAAAUAGCAAAGUCCUCUAUGAAAUCUAUUUUUGAACUAUAGAUCAUUGACAUUACAAGAUGAGUUGUAUAAAUGGACAAAUAAAUA